GAAGAAGCUCCCAAAUAACAACAACACGGCGGACACUGGUCUCAUUCGGAAACACAGUGUGAGCUGUGCCUUCAGCUGCUGUUUACAUGGUGUCCGGUGUGUUUGUCUGUUCCAGUCGGUCACCACUCCGUUAAUAAGGAUUCAAAGUCUUCCUCGGUGUGGUUUUUUCUACAGAGGACUGUUUUUGAACAUGUGCUGACAAAGCAGAGGAGCAGGAAGAGGCGCAGACCGCACACACAGACUGUAUUUCCUCGCAGUCAGGUGAUGAGAGGUGAGAGGCUGUAGCCGAGAACCCCAGGCAUCAUGGAGGACGACUACAAGCCUCUGCUGGGCUCAGAACAGACCGGAGAGAGCUACUCCAACCGAGGCUCCACGGACUCUCUGGACAGAGUCACCGACUUCAAGGCCAAGAGACCUUUCCACGUGGAACCCAGGAACAUCGUCGGCGAUGACCCACAGGAGCGAGUGUCUGCUGAGGCGGCCAUCCUCAACAGCAGAGUGCAUUACUACAGCAGACUGACGGGCUCCUCCGACAGACUGCUGAGUCCUCCAAACCAUGUGAUCCCCCGUCCAGAGGAGAUUUACAUCUACAGCCCCCUGGGGAUGGCCUUCAAGGUGACGGGCAGCGACGCCUCCUCCAGAAACCCCAGUAUCAUCACUAUAUUUGCGAUAUGGAACACGAUGAUGGGCACGUCCAUCCUCAGCAUACCAUGGGGUAUAAAGCAGUCUGGUUUUACUCUGGGAAUCCUCAUCCUCAUCUUCACGGGGCUGCUGAUGCUCUACUGCUGUUACAUUGUCCUCAAAUCACCAAAAGCAAUACCCUACGUGGACACAUCAGACUGGGAAUUUCCUGAUGUUUGUCGGUACUAUUUUGGCAAGUUUGGCCAGUGGUCCAGCCUGGUCUUCUCUAUGGUGUCACUGAUUGGAGCCAUGGUGGUUUACUGGGUGCUCAUGUCCAACUUCCUUUACAACACGGGACAGUUUAUCUACAACUACGCUCACAACGUCAACGUGUCUGACUCCGAGUACGGCACCAACGGCUCAGACAAAGUCAUCUGUCCGUUUGCCCGUAAUGAUGCUGCGAACCACACCCAUGGUACUGUGGACCUGGGUGGUGGUGGAAACGGUACCACUGACUUCAGCUCCUUCGAACACUGGUGGAGUAAGACCAACACCAUCCCCCUGUACCUCAUCAUCCUUCUGCUGCCGCUGCUCUGCUUCCGCUCAGCCUCAUUCUUCGCAAGAUUCACUUUUCUGGGCACCAUAUCUGUGAUCUACCUCAUCAGCCUGGUUACGUAUAAGGCCAUCCGUCUCGGUUUCCACCUGGAGUUCCACUGGUUUGACUCCACCAAGCUUUUUGUUCCAGAGUUCAGACUGCUGUUUCCUCAGCUGACCGGCGUCCUCACUCUGGCCUUUUUCAUUCAUAACUGCAUCAUCACGUUGAUGAAGAGCAACAAACACCAAGAAAACAACGUACGAGACCUGUCUGUGGCCUACCUCCUGGUAGGUCUCACCUACCUGUACGUGGGAGUGUUGAUUUUCGCUGCGUUCCCUUCACCUCCGCUCUCCAAAGAAUGCAUCGAACCAAACUUCUUGGAUAACUUCCCCAGCAGUGAUGUGAUGGUGUUUGUGGCUCGGACCUGCCUCUUGUUCCAGAUGAUCACCGUCUACCCUCUGCUGGGAUACCUGGUCCGGGUCCAAAUGAUGGGACAGCUUUUUGGCAACCACUACCCCAGUUUCUGCCACGUCCUGUUACUGAAUAUCAUUAUUGUUGGAGCUGGAGUCCUGAUGGCCAAGUUUUAUCCCAAUAUUGGAUCAAUUAUACGGUUCUCCGGUGCCACAUGCGGUCUGGCUUUAGUGUUCAUCUUUCCGGCCUUGGUCCACAUGAUCUCUUUGAAACGACAGGGGGCGCUGUCCUGGCCCUCAGCCGUCUUCCACACUUUCUUGAUUCUGCUGGGAAUCGCCAACCUGGUGGCUCAGUUCUUCAUGUAGAAAAGACGCAGGAUUAAACAUUACAUGAUCACUCUAGUGGAACUUGAGUAGCUGUGGUUUGUCAACUUUCAUGUACCAGGAAAAACCACAGCCAUCUAGGAUCUGUCACUUUUACCGCUUUUAUCCUUUUACAUUCAUUAUGCCAGGGCUGUCAGACUCAUUUUAGUUCAGUUCCACAUUCAGCCAAAUCUGAUCUGCAGUGGGCCGAACCAGUAAAAUAAUAACAGAAUAAUAUAGAAAUAAUGUCCAC